CAUGAAAUCAGACUGGUGGUGAGCGCGAUGAGGCAGUGAGAUCACAUUGAAUUUCGAUUUUGUUGCUUUAUACGUUUACAAACUCACAAUCGAGCAGACACACCAGAAACAUGUGGUUCAGGUUUCGUUUUCAUCUUCCGAAAGGUGUGUGACUUUGAUCAAGCCUUUCACCCUUCCAUUCGGAGGAUUCCUCCCCGUCCGUCGAUUCGUUUCGACCAGGCAAUGACAACGGCCCCAGCAACCCCGCAGCAGAUCAGAGACCGGCUGCUGCAGGCCAUCGAUAGCCACAGCAAUAUCUGCAACAUGGUGGCAGUAUUGGAUGUAAUCACCAAUUUGGAGAAAUUUCCCAUCACCAAAGAAGCACUUGAGGAAACUCGCCUAGGAAAACUGAUCAAUGAUUUAAGGAAAAAAACAAAAGAUGAAGAUUUAGCGAAACGUGCCAAGAAACUUUUGCGCACCUGGCAGAAACUUAUUGUGCCGGGACAGAAUGACACCCCUACGCGGUCGGCUCCGGGAACCCCAGGGUCUGCUAAUGGUGGUGCCCACCCAUGCAGAACUGACAUCACACCACUUACUGUGCCGCCGCCGGGCAAGGUUGGCCCCGAAGUCAAAAAUCGAAACGACAUCCACAACACCUACUCUCCCAAAGCGGAGAAGUCAAGUAGCCGCAAGCGCAAGGAUGAGAACAGGAGGACAGAGGACAGUCUCCACCCGCCUGCAAAAAUGCCUAAAACCUCUGCGUACGAGCAGAUGUCUUCCUGCGCCUCGCCGUCAACCAAUGGUAUUGGAGGCAGCCCAGAGACUCUGUCAGAAAGGGAAACCACCCUCCAGCCCUCUGACAGAACCCGCACUGAGCACCUUGAGAAUGACCGACACAGCAAGAUUCCCGUCAACGCUGUUAGGCCUCACUCUAGCUCCCCAGGGCUAACCAAACUACCUAGCACUUCGUCCCUGAUCAAAACGGCAGUCCUGCAGCAGCAUGCCCGAAUGGAAGGUGGCAGUGGAGGACCCCAUCAGCCCAAGAGCCCUCGCUUUUCCUCCCACAGUCCCCGCAGCGCACCGCAGGAGAUGCUCUCCAAGAGGUCUUCAACUUACGCCCCUAAGGAGAGUCUUUCAAGUCCAUCGCCUAGCUCUGUUCAAGUGCCCUCUCCCUCGCCUCUUUUGCAGUCGUCACUGUCCCCGGCCAGAGAGUGCUUUGCUGUGGAACACUCUCCUGCACGACACGAACCCUCCCUGCACUUGCACGGUUCCACAGAGCCUGCCUUCCACCCCCAACACAGCACUGUAACGCAAGAGUGUCCCACGGGCUCUUUGCAAGCCUCGCAUAUUCAUAAAGCCCCUGACACUCACAGACACAGCGCCUCUUUGGAGGCUAGUGCGGGGGAAUGUGAAGUGGUGACCUCGGGUCCCGAGGGCAAAAGGAGUAAAAAGUACAGGUCUAGAGACUAUGUGGUCAACCUUCAAGGGCAGCCUUUAGAGGACAAGACAAAGCCUGUGCGCUUAAAAGAGCGAAGGUUGACCUUUGACCCCGUAACUGGUCAGAUCAAACCCCUCAGCCCAAAAGAGUCCCACUUUGAGGAGGAGAGCCCAGUGCCGCUGCCGCCACCGCCACCGCCGCCACCCCCUGCCGCUGAGCCCAAUCAGCAAAAGCCCCCUGCGCCUCUCCCCAGCCCCUUCCAACAGACAAACUGGAAAGAGCUGUCCAGGAAUGAAAUUAUCCAGUCGUACCUUAACAUUCAGAGCAAUGUGCUCACCUCCUCUGGGGCGCAGACCCACGGAGCACACUUUUUCAUGACGGAAUAUUUAAAACGAGAGGAGCAUGACACAAAGGAGACCAGAAAGACCCACGUGCUGGUGCCCAGCAAACCUGAAUCAGACUUGCCUGGUGUGACCAGGGAGGUGUCCGAGGACGACCUUAAUAGAAUACACACAAGUCACUGGCCGGGAGUCAAUGGUUGUUGUGAUACUAUGGGAACGUGGUAUGAUUGGACAGAGUGCAUAGCCUUGGACCCACAUGGAGAUGAGGCUAAAUUGAACAUCUUGCCAUAUGUCUGCCUAGACUGAGAGAACUGGGCCUCUUUUGUCUUUCUUUUUUUUUUUUCUUCUUUUUUGGUCCUCAUGAAAAAGUGACAAGUCUUUGAUUGUACUAACUGUGAUCUGGUAAUGCCACAACCACAGUUGCCCCCUCUGGCCUCCCUUGUAUUUGUCAAUCAGAAUGGUGGAGUAGGAUGCCGAGUGUGCAGAGGCGGCAGGUUGUGAUUUUCCAUGCAUGGUUUUGUGAAGGCGCUCCAUUACAAAGUGCUGCUAGAAUUGCAGGCAAGAGGUCUAAAGGAAAUACAGAGAUUGGGUGUAGUUGGCCAGUCAUUGCACGGGUGUGUGGGAAAGCAGUCAAGGAUUACGACAAGCACAGGUAAGACUGAAAGUGUCCAGCAAGUCAGAAAGAAUUUAACUUGUUUGGAAGUUACAAGAAGCUUUAUGUGACUUAAAAAAAAUAAUAAAUUAUAAUUUUUCUUAUCAUGUAUGCAUCUAUUUAUUUGACCUUUUUAUUUAGAUUUUUAUUGGCUGUGUACAGCUCUCCAUGAAGUUGUUUUUAUUUUUAUUUUUUCUGGCCUGCUUGAAUCACAUGCAUCCCUACUGGUGAUGUCAGUGAGUCAUACCAUGUAAAAGUUGUGCACAUUUACCCAUAUGAACACACCAACUGAUGACUACAUUCCAUAGGUCUCCCUUUAUGCGUGGAUCUGUUUCAGGACAGGAACCUUUUGUUGGGAUUAAACUGUGCUCCAGGAAAGCCAUGCUUUUUUUUUUUUUUUUUUUUGAGGUUAUUUGAGCAUGCCCUUGUUAUGUGGCUUUAGUAUGGACUUGUGUCCUUUGAUUUAACGGGAUGGGGGAACAGAGGGUGCAACUGCAUUUCAUCCAUUAGGCCGGAAUAGCAGGAAAAUAACAAUAUGCUGGAACUGUACUUGUUACCAUUCCUUCAUAUAUUGUUUGCCUUAUGUGAAAUCACUCUUCAUUGAGCUUCACUGAAUGUACGGUGAUCAGACAGCUGUCUUUUAGUUGGUACUCAAGGGAACAUUUUAUUUUUGUUCAAAAAAUUUACCGGAUGUGUUUUGAAGUGCAAACAGAUUGCAGUUCUGGAUAUUUGUACAUACAUUUUACUUUGUUAACUUGUUAAUAUCUCUCAAGUCCUGAAAUGCUUUUUAAUCUGGAGAGUAAUUUUGGUUUUCAGAGAAUCAUCAAUAAUAAAUUGAGCCAUGAUAUCUGAGACUAAGCCACCACUAAAAACACUUGAAUCAAAGAAUUGAAGUACAUUUAUACACCUGUAAAGUUUUCAACGUGAAAACUCCAUACGAACGUACUUUACCCCAUCCUUGUAUUAUUUUUCAUGCCAGUUUUCCUUGGGGAAAAACAAUGUUUAAGUGGCUGAAAUUUUAUCUGCUGCCGAUUUGCAAACACUGUGCUCCGCUACCUUCUUCCCUACCAAUGUGCCUUUCGAUGAAGAGUUGCUUAGUUUGUUUCUAUGUACUUGAUUUGAGUAAUAACCCCUUCCCUCCGGUGGUCCAUGUUAAGGCUGUCAUUGAACUGGUCAUUGUUUAUAGUUGAAACACAUGGAGAAAUACAGCUUGCAAUAAACAACAAGCCGGUAGAUUUUUUUUUUUUUUCGUCUGAUCAUUUUCGGAUCAGGGACUUCUUUAAGUGUUUAACAUCACUCAUCUGUUUGAAAAUAAAAAAGGCAUAUAAAC